AUGCUACGGCAGUCUGAGCCCAAAAACCUCAAUCUGAUCAUAAGCGACAUGAGUGAAACUGUGGAGAACCUGGACACCAGGGAGCUUGGCUUCUCAGAUGCUGAGGAUGAGCCUGAAGAGGUGGACUUCAGUGAGUUCAACCCCUCAGGAGAUUGCCGCAUCCCGUUCUCGGCCGUGUACAGGACAGUUGGCUUUAAAGAGGCAGAAGCUCAGGUCUACCUGUCCACUGUCCCCAUCACUGCCAAGAUUCUAGAAGUUGAGCGCUUCACCAGGACCCCAGACCGCUUCAAUAUCUCCAAACACAGGAGCGUGUCCAAGGCAAUGCCAGCAGUGUUUAAGAUAGAGCUUAAACAUGGUAAUUUCACUUGGGUGGUGAAAAGGAAAGAGAAGCACUUCAUGGAGCUGCACAGAGAGCUUCUGCGCUACAAGACCCUCAUGAGGAUUCCAUUACCCACUCGAAGUCAUACGGUGAGAAGGAAGAGCAUUAAGCAGAGCGAGGUGAGGCAGAUGCCUGUUCUGCCUCGGGGAGGAGGAGAGGAGCUGGCGCGAGAAGAGCAAGUGUCUAGUAGGAGGAAACAACUGGAAGACUAUCUAAACAAGCUGCUGAGGAUGGCAAUGUACCGAAAGUACUAUGCAACCAUGGAGUUUAUUGAUGUGAGCCAGUUGUCCUUCAUUCAAGACUUGGGCCCAAAGGGCUUAGAAGGCAUUGUUUAUAAAAGGUCAGGAGGUCACCGUAUACCCGGCCUGAACUGCUGUGGCCACAAUGAAAUCUGCUACCGCUGGUCAAAGAGGUGGCUGAUCGUGAAGGACUCUUUUCUGCUGUACAUGAAGCCAGACACAGGUGCGAUUUCAUUUGUCCUGCUGGUAGACAAUGAGUUCAGCAUCAAAAUGGACUCCAAACACACAGAGACAAAACAUGGCGUGGGGAUAGAAAAUCUGUCUAGGAAACUGGUGCUAAAAUUCACUAGUUACAGACAUGCAAGAUGGUGGGGUCAAGCCAUUGAAAGCUUUGUCAGGAAACAUGGAAAGGCCUUUUUAAGGACCCACCGCUUUGGAUCUUUUGCCAGGGAGGAGGAGAACAUACCCUCUAAAUGGUAUGUGAAUGGCAAAACCUACAUGGAGGAUGUUGCCAAUGCACUAGAGGAGGCCAAAGAGGAGAUCUUCAUCACAGACUGGUGGCUGAGUCCUGAGAUCUUCUUGAAGAGGCCUGUGGUAGAGGGCAAUCGCUGGAGGCUAGACUGCAUUCUGAAACGCAAGGCUCAACAAGGUGUGAGGAUAUUUGUCAUGCUGUAUAAGGAAGUGGAGCUGGCACUUGGCAUCAAUAGUGAAUACAGCAAAAGGACACUAAUGCACCUUCACCCGAACAUCAAGGUAAUGAGACAUCCUGAUCAUGUCUCCUCCUCUGUCUACUUAUGGGCACACCACGAGAAGAUUGUAGUGAUCGACCAAUCGGUUGCUUUCGUGGGGGGAAUUGAUUUAGCAUAUGGUCGUUGGGAUGACUGGGAGCACCGGCUCAUAGAUGUAGGAAGUGUGACACGCUCUGUUGCCCAGGCCAUAGAGCAGGGACUGGAUUCAUCCACGCCAAAGAAAAAAGGUUCCUCGAGUGGAAAUGGCAGCCGCUCAAUGGUUGGUGAAGCAGCGGACCUGCCCAAACUGAAAGGCAUUGGUCGCACUCGCAAGGCACGUUUCAGCCUGUACCAUCACCUCCAACGUGGCCUUCACCAUGCUGACAGCAUCAGCAGCAUCGACAGCUCCAACAAGAGUGGCUCAGUGCACAGUCUGCAGACAGGAGUUGGAGAGUUGAUGGGGAACACACGCUUCUGGCACGGCAAAGACUACUGCAACUUCGUCUUCAAAGACUGGAUUCAACUGGACAAGCCUUUUGAUGAUUUUAUUGACAGGUACACAACCCCCAGAAUGCCCUGGCAUGACAUCUCCUCAGUGGUCCAUGGGAAAGCAGCCAGAGAUGUGGCCAGGCACUUUAUACAGCGUUGGAACUUCACCAAGAUAAUGAAGCCAAAAUACAGAUCGCUCUUCUACCCGUUUCUACUGCCCAAAUCUCACAGUACGGGCAAUGAUCUGAAGUACAAAGUGCCAGACUGUAUCCAGACCAAAGUUCAGGUAUUGCGGUCAGCUGCAGACUGGUCGGCAGGAAUCAAGCACCAUGAGGAGUCCAUUCAUAAUGCUUACAUUCAAGUCAUCGCCAAGAGCAAACACUUCAUCUACAUUGAGAACCAGUUUUUCAUUAGCUGUGCCGAUAACAAACAUGUCUACAACAAGAUUGGCGAAGCCAUUAUUGAGAGAAUCAUCAGGGCUCACAAAGAGAAUAGGAAGUUCCGUGUGUAUGUGGUGACUCCUCUGCUGCCUGGCUUUGAGGGAGACAUCUCCACUGGAGGAGGAAGCGCACUCCAGGCUGUCAUGCAUUUCAACUACAGAACCAUGAACAGAGGAGAGCACUCCAUAAUCGCUCAAUUGAAGAAAGAAUUGGAUGACCAAUGGAUGAACUACAUCUCGUUUUGUGGUCUGAGGACCCAUGCUGAGCUGGAGGGCAGGCUGGUGACUGAACUCAUCUAUGUUCAUAGCAAGAUGCUCAUUGCUGAUGACAACACUGUCAUUAUUGGUUCUGCCAACAUCAAUGACCGCAGCAUGUUGGGAAAGAGGGACAGCGAGGUGGCUGUGAUUUUUGAAGACUCUGAAACGAUGCCAUCAGUGAUGGAUGGACAGGAGUAUCAGGCUGGCAAGUUUGCCCUGCAGCUCCGACUGGAGUGCUUUAAAACCAUUCUUGGUGGCUUUACUGAUCCAACUAUUGAUGUGAUUGACCCCAUCAGUGACCGAUUCUACAAAGAUGUGUGGAUGACCAUCUCAGGUCGGAACGCCACUAUCUAUGAGAAGGUAUUCCGCUGUCUGCCCUCCAGUCUAGUGCGGAACAAACAGGAGCUCUUGAAUUUCCAGUCCAAACCAAGUCUUGAUAAAGAGGACCCUGUGAAAGCUCAGGAGCUUUUGAAGAAGAUAAGGGGAUUCCUGGUUCAGUUCCCGCUGGAAUUCCUCUGUGAGGAGAACCUCAUGCCCUCAGUAGGCACCAAAGAAGCCAUGGUGCCCACUGAGACCUGGACCUGAUGCUGCCAAAUGCAAACCACAGUGAACAUCCAACAUGGGGAAACCAAAGAUACUACUCUGGGAGAAAUAUCUAUGGUUUUUAAAGCUCCACACAGACAUGACAAGAAGGAACAAAGGAUAUUUAUGAUUAUUUCCCAAAAAAUUAAUUAAUUAAUUAAUUCUGUCACCAUUUACUCACCCUCAUGUUGUUCCAACCCUGUAUGACAAGUUGUCCAAGUCAGAUGAGUUUAGAAUUAUUUGAGGGUGAGUAUAUGACAAUAAAAGUUUUUUUUUUUGGGUGAACUAACCCUUUAAGGAAAUCUGUUUGUCCUUUUUCAUGAAUGAAAUGGACAGUUUAAUAUUGUUGGACAGUUUUUGUUUUGUAUCUUUUAUCAAUGUUUUAAAUGUACAAAUCGUUAAAUAUUAUUUUAUAAGCAUCUUAAUUACAGAGAUCUAUACCAAGUUUCUAUAUCCACAUAUCAAGUCCUAUAUCAACAUAACCUGAAAGGCUGCUCAGCAAGGAAGAAGCCACUUCUCCAAAACUGCCAUAAAAAUGCCAGAUUAUAGUUUGCAAGUGUCCAUGGGGACAAAGAUCUUACUUUAUGGAGAAAUGUCCUCUGGUCCACUUUUUAACUGUUUGGUCAUUAUGACCAUUGUUAUGUUUGAAGGAAAAAAAGGUGAGGAAUAAAAGCCAAAGAACACCAUCCCAACCGUGAAGCAUGGGGGUGGCAGCAUCAUGUUGUGGGGGUGCUUUACUGCAGGAGGAACUGGAGCACUUCACAAACUAGAUGGCAUCAUGAGGAAGGAAAAUGAUGUGGCUAUAUUGAAACAACAUCUCAAGACAUCAGCCAGGAAGUUAAAGCUUGGUCGCAAAUGGGUCUUCCAAAUGGAAAAUGACCCCAAGCAUACCUCCAAAGUUGUGGCAAAAUGGCUUAAGGACAACAAAGUCAAGGUAUUGGAGUGCCCAUCACAAAGCCCUGACCUCAAUCCAAUAGAUAAUUUGUGGGCAGAACUGAAAAAGUGUUUGCGAACAAGGAGGCAGACAAACCUGACUCAGAUACACCUGUAUAUUCCAGCAACAUAUUGUGAGAAGCUUGUGGAAGCCUACCUACUAUUUACUCAGAAUGGUUUCAAAAACAAAAAUAUAUCCAGUGAGCGGCAGUUCUGUGGACAGAAAUACCUUGUUGAUGAGAGAGGUCAACAGAAAAUGGUCAGACUGGUUCAAAUUGGCAAAGUCUAUGGUAACUCUGAUAACGCUCUGUACAAUUUUGGUGAGAAGAAUAGCAUCUCAGAGUAGCAUUCUACUCUUGAGCACAAAUUGCUGGCCAUGAUAGAAAGGUGUCAGAACAUACAGUGCAUCACAGCUUGCUGCGUAUGGAGCUGUGAAGCUGCAGACCGGUCAGAGUGCCCAUGCUGACCCCUGUCCACAGCUGAAAAUGCCUACAAUGGACACAUGAGUUUCAGAGCUGGACCAUGGGGCAAUGGAAGAAGGUGGCCUGGUCUGAUGAAUCACAUUUUCUCUAAGAUCUUGUGGACUGUCGAGUGCGUGUGCAUCGUUUACCAGGGGAAGAGAUGGCAGCAGGAUGCACUAUGGGAAGAAGGUAGACCGGUGGCGGCAGUGUGACACUCUGGGCAAUGUUCUGCUGGGAAACCUCAGUUUCAUCAAGAAACUUUUGAACCUCUUCCUCCACUGUUUCUUUAUCAGCCCUUUUGUCUUCCCAAACACAAAAAAACUCUUCAUAUGAUUCAUUAGCAUCAGGGCUAGUGCUCAUCUCAACUACACAAGGAGCCCUGCAUUCCAAAGAUGUUGCCUUCUGAACCAGAUUUUUGUACAUAUCUUCUCUUUUCUCUGUAGGAAUCCAACACAAGUGAAAUUUUGGCAUGGUAGUUUUUGCCAUUUUUGCUUCAUGGCUGCUCAGCAUGGCAUCAAAGUGACUGUCAUGCACUUUAAGGACUGCAGUUAUGAUGUUAGCUAUAUGACGUGUUAUUUUGUCAGAAAGCUUUGAUUUGAGGCUUACAAUUGUUGGAAUGAUGAAGCCAAGGUAGCACCAUUUAUCCCCCUUUAGAAGAUCAAUGGAUUGGGCAAGGGGUUGUAACAUAUCCACAUACUCUCUCAGAAAAAUUUCUCAUAUGGGUGUAGUCUUGUCACUCCCAAGUUUUUCACAGAUAUCAGUCAGCUGAUCAUCUUUAAGACAAAUCAGCUUGGAAAUAGCCUUGUAUUCUGAAUUCCAUCUGGUAACACGUGGAACAGAAAUCCUCAUGUUCGCAACAUCUUGCAUGGCAUCUGCACCUAUUGUUGACCUGUGUGCCUUGUUCCAUAUAGAAGCACACUUCCUCAUUGCACUUCGGUAAACUUUCCGGGAAGGGACUUAUGAUGCUGCUUUAUCCACCUCAUUGGUAGCAAUCAGGUUUAGGGUGUGUAUGGAACAUCUUUGAUGAGGGGGAAGAACAAAAUGAAGCUCCUCAUCUCCCUCCAUUUCUAGAAAUGCAUCCAUCUCUAAAAAUGGUAUUCCAUUAUCCAUUUCAUCUGCAGCCUCCUCAGAUGAAAUUCAUGGACAGCUUUAACAAAGCUACUCCCAUUGUCUGUCACAGUAGCCCUUACUUUGUUUGAAUUUCACUGAUUUUUGCAGCAAGGACAUCAAAAGUAUGCUGUCCUUUAACUUGCACAGGCCAAUGCUGCAGACGUCCUCUCCAUAGUGCUCUCCUUAAUCCAGUGGCAUGUCAUACCAAAGAAACUUCUGUUAUGUGCAGUCCACAAGUCUGCUCUCAUGCAGACAUUUGUAACUUGCUCCAGUGUUUCAGUCAAGCUGUUUUUCAGAGCUGCAAACUCCCUCUCAAUGUGCUGGCUAGUGUCUUUCUGCACAUGAAUGUUUUGUCUCCACUGAUUUCCUCUAAAAGCUUUUUGAAUGAAGGCUGUUCAAUCAAUUAGAAUGCCUGAUCAUCAAUCACAAAUUCAAAUAUUUGUCUAUUAAUUGUACUUUGGGAUGUGCUUUGUCCGAGUUCAAACCUUGCUUGUUUGAAAGGAGGAUGCAAGGCCCUUUUUCUGGGAUCAGACGUACUAGGCUGCUCAAUCAUCUCAGGCUGGCUAGUGUCUUUAUUUGUCAAAUGAUUUGGAUGUUUCUUCUGAUAAGUAAAACAAUGCAAAUUAAAAAAGCAUUAGUAGGCUUUCUUAGAUUUACUCAGUUCUUCAGUCUAUUUAUUCAUUAACCUCAAAAUGUUUUAAUAGGUAGAUCACAGUUUAUCAUCAUCAUCGUCUUCAUCAUCAUUACUAUCACUAGGGAAAUUAUGUUUUUCUUCAUGAUCCACAGUGAAACAUCAAUAGCUAAUAGUUUGUUUUUUUGUUAAAGUUUAAAGAGGAUUUUAAAGAAAAAGAAUUUGAGAAAAAUGAAGUGCACUGUGAUUAAAGUAAAUUUGUAAUGUGUCUUUUUAAUUACUCAUUCUUAAUUUAUGAGUUUUGAAAUGUUACAUUUGCCAUAAUUUCUCCCUCACCCAAAUUUUGAACUGUUCUCAACAAUAAAAGCAUCAAAAU